GCCAAGGCUGGGCGUGACCACAACGGCGGCAGCGCGGGGGGGGGGAGGGCGGGGGAGUCGCGUGGCGCUCUGUCGCGAUUUUGUCGCGUCCUGUCGCGAUUUUGUCGCGUCCUGUCGCGCUCUGUCGCGCCGCGCCUGCGGAUUCAGGUCCGCCCAUGGAGGCCGCGCCGCGGUUGAUGCCCGGCGUGGGCCUGCCGGGGUCUCUUCCGUCUGCACCUCCCCCCUCUGCUGGCACCAGCGGGGACCCGCCACCCUCAGGGCCACCCUCAGGGCCACCCUCAGGGCCACCCUCAGGGCCACCCUCAGGGCCACUGGCGGGGCCAGCACAGCACGGCACAGGCGAUGUCCUACAGCAGAUCAUGGCCAUCACCGACCAGAGCUUGGAUGAGGCCCAGGCCAGGAAGCACGCCCUGAACUGCCACAGGAUGAAGCCAGCUCUGUUCAGCGUCCUCUGUGAAAUCAAGGAAAAAACAGCUCUCAGCAUCCGCAGCCUCCCCGAGGAAGACCCUCCGGACGCUCAGCUCGUGAGAUUGGACAACAUGCUGCUGGCCGAGGGCGUGGCCGGGCCGGAGCGAACCGCCAAACUCCGGGAAAAACCCGGAAAAAUCCCGGAAAAUCCGGCAAAAAUCCCGGAAAAUCCGGGAAAAAUGGGGGUGGGGACAGCAGGGGGUUGUCCCCACGAGCAGGGCAUCGAGCACUCGGAUUACCGAGCCAAGCUGGCCCAGAUCCGACAGAUUUUCCACUCGGAGCUGGAGAAGUACGACCAGGCGUGCAGCGAGUUCACCACGCACGUCCUGAACCUGCUGCGGGAGCAGAGCCGCACGCGGCCGAUCGCGCCGCGCGAGAUCGAGCGCAUGGUGGGCGUCAUCCACGGCAAGUUCAGCUCCAUCCAGGUGCAGCUCAAGCAGAGCACCUGCGAGGCCGUCAUGAUCCUCAGGUCCAGGUUCCUCGAUGCCAGGCGGAAACGUCGCAAUUUCAGCAGCCAGGCCAGCGAGGUGCUCAAUGAAUAUUUCUACUCCCACCUGAGCAAUCCCUACCCCAGCGAGGAGGCCAAGGAGGAGCUCGCCAGGAAAGGCGGAAUCUCCGUGGCCCAGGUUUCCAACUGGUUUGGGAACAAGCGCAUCCGCUACAAGAAGAACAUGGGCAAGUUCCAAGAGGAAGCGAACGUUUACGGCGCCAGAAACGCCGUCGAAAUGGCCGAAGUCUCCGCCCGCGGCCGGCGCGGCUCCUGCCCCGCGACGCCGACUUGCGCUUCCUCUGGCUUUUUGAAGAUGAUAAAUUCAGGAGAUUCUUUCUUCGAUUUUCACUCCUUGACUUCCUACCAGAGCCCUCCCAAUGUGCAGUCCCAGUUCCCGCUACACCGCGUGCACGCAAUAAAAAGCUUAAAGCACUCCGACCAUAAAUUAAUUAAUUACAUUUUAAUUACCCCUCAGGCCGACGGCAGCUGGCAGGACUCCGCCACGCCCUCGUCCGUCGCCUCCCCCUCCGCAGACCCGGGCGGCGUCAACUCCGACGCCUCCAAUUAAUCCCAAAAUAAUCUCAUGGAGGACUUUGGAUAUAGAGGUCAAUUAACGUUAACGAAUCGACGUCGCCGUCGGGCCGACGGAACGAUUGAGUCGCGGUUCGUGAAUUGAUUACCUCAGAUAUUGAUAUCAAUAGAUCGCGAUGGCAGCGACACCUCUACCUCUCAUCGCCCCGCCGCGGG